CUUUUACAUGUUCCGGUCGUGCGCCCUUUCUCUUCCGGUUCUCGCCGCGUACGUGUGAUCCCCAGAGUAGAAAUGGCGAAGUCAAAGAAUCACACCUCCCACAACCAAUCCCGCAAGGCCCAUAGGAAUGGCAUCAGGAAGCCCAAAGCGGAGCGUUAUGAAUCAUUGAAAGGGGUGGACACCAAGUUCCUGAGGAACAUGCGCUUCGCCAAGAAGCACAACAAGAAGGGACUGAAGGCGGCGAGGAAGGCAGCGGCCGUGGCUGCAGCAGCUGCCCCUGCAGUGGCACCAGCAACCCAAUAGACUGUUUACCUAGCCCAUCCGUCUGUUAACGCUCCAUAGACUGUUGUCACCACCCAAUAAAGCUAUGCCUUGUUAACAAA